AACAACUCAUCAGUUUGAGGGGAUUCUCUUGUAAUGUAUCCAGGGGCUGCUCCUGUACCAGGAGGUGAAGGAAUUAAUGGACGCCAUGGAAAACUUAUUUUUUUCCUUUUUGUUUUUGGAGCCGUCCUGCUCUGUGCUGGAUUCCUGCUUUCAGUAUUUAUCCUACAGUCAUGCCCAUCUGGAACCUUCAGUGACUGCAACGGGGUCCUUAAGGCAGCUGGGCCUCUGCUGGCCAUAACUGGACUAGUUUGUGUUUUAUUGGCACGAUCCAGGGCCAGGCUCUAUAUAAGACAGAGACAAUUGCAAAAUGAGCAGGUAUACAGCCUUGUAUUUUGUCGAGGGAGCUGCCAGUUCGCCCAGUUUCUUAUCUUUGGGUUCCUGUUCUUAACCAGUGGAAUGCUGAUCAGCAUCCUGGGCAUUUGGGUUCCCGGCUGCAGCCCCGGCUGGCAGGGUGCACCGUACAACCACACCAGCAGCUCUGAAGUGGAUCUGCAGGGCUGUGGCUUCCUGUCGCUGCAAAUCAUGGGCCCCUUGAUUGUGCUCACAGGGUUAUGUUUCUUUGUGAUAGCUCACGUUAAAAAGAAACAAAACUUAAAUCUCAGUGAAGAAUCUUGUGAAAAUGAAGAACGUCCUCAGAGCCCAGACUCCUUUCAAGUUACAGUAGGUGAUGCUGUAAUGGUAUUCCCACCUCCCCCACCUCCUUAUUUUGCUGACCCUCUGUCACCAACUGUGACUCGCUGUCUUAUGUCAAGUGGUUUGCCUGCAAGUGAAAACCCUCCACCAUACCACACUCUCUUCACUGAUGGAUUACAACUUGCAGAUGAUGAAAGAACAGUUGCUAUUAGAGACUAUGAAACCAUAUAUACAAUUUCUGGCAACAGUUCACCUUCAGAUAUUUUACCAAUGCUGUAUCUCGCCUCUGAGUCGCCUCCAAAAUAUGAAGAAAAAGAAGCCUCGAUAACAAAUAAUGAAUAUUCUUCAUCCUCGUUUUCAUCUUCUUCGUCUAUCUCCUUAGCCACAUCUGACACCAGUUCAUAGGGAACUGUGAACUAGACUUCAUUUUUAAAUGAAAUUGUACAUUCAGAUUUAAGAUUU